UUAGUUGUAUGUGGUGUGUGGACUUUACACUUUGCAGAUAAGUUGCACAAAGGCUUUAAAGCAGAAUGGGUGUAGCCCUGCUGGAUUCUGAUUGGUCCGCAUCACAUGAGAGGGGCGUGGCCUCUGCUGGCUCGUUAGACUCCUCUGUGAUGUGAUGCAGCUGCAGGUCAUCAGGAGGAGAGAAGCUGCUUCUGCUGGCAGAGGAGGAGGAGGAGAGGUGAAGAAGAGGAUGACAAGUUGCACUCCAAGUUGAAGACAACAAUGUUCCUCACUUUUGACUAAUGAGAGCCACACUAGAGCUGUUUUUAUAUCCGUUUUGGCUUUGCUUGUUUGCAUAAAUCUUAAUUAAGAAAGGUGAUUAAAACCGGGAAGAUGUUCUUCUGCUUGUUGUUCAAAUGGACACUUUGCCUUCACGUUGCCUUCAUAACGACAGAAAGCACCGUCUCACCUCAGGACGAUGCACCACUGGUGGAUUCUGGAGGAGAGUCCGGCUCAGGGAUGCUGCAGACAGAUGAGGUGAAUAUUCUGCAGGAGCUUUCUCUUCUGGUGUCAAACAGCAGUAACGCCUCAAUGACUGUGGAUGACAGCAGGUGUCAAGUCCUGCAGGUGGGACAGUAUUCCACCUUGACUCUUCCUAUUCAGCAUCUCCUCACUGACGGGUUUGCAGAUGAGUUCAGUUUAUUGGUGCAGCUGCAGAGUCCUCAGACAGAUGAACGCAGUGUCUUCACCAUGCUCAGCCCCGACAGCCACAUCAUGCUGCAGCUUCGGAUCAGCGCUUACGCUAUCAUCUUCAUAGGAACACAGCAGCGACACUAUGAGUUCCCGGUCAGCGGUCUGUCUGAUGGAAAGUGGCACCAUGUGGCCGUCAGUGUGUCUGCCAAGCGGCUGGCGCUGUAUGUGGACUGCUCUCUGCUGGAGAGUGUGGACUGGGUGUACCACGGCAUGGGGAUCAGCACUGACGGGCUGCUCAUGGUUGGAGGCAUCAUCGAGGGCUUUGAGACUCCAUUUGAAGGUCAUCUCCGACAGCUGAGCUUCCUGAUGGGUGACCCAGACGCCGCCCAGCAGCACUGCAGCCACCACCCGCCCCGCUGUGGUGAGACCGCCCCCAAGCCUCCUCGCUCCCCACGCACCAACAACGCCCUGGAGAAUGUACUGCUGUCCUCAAAUGACCUGGAGGACCUGCUGGGGGAUCCCAAGGACGAGUCAUUUUUUAGCUUUGGCAGAACUAAGAUGUUUCUGCUCCAAGGGAGUUCUCGAGGGGACGGGACGGUGCCUUCAGGAUCUGAUCGGAAAGGUUCAGUAGGUCGUGGGGAUGUCUUUGUGGUGGACGAGGACACCGACUUGUUGGAUCCGACCUUCCAAAACGGCGGACAAGUCAACCCUCAGUGGAAACCUUCCAGAAAUGGACUCAAGGGAAAGCCUGAACAGUCCUCUAAACAGUUGGAGGAGAACAUUACCACAGACAAGAAGGCCGACUCCGGUGGGAGGACGUCAUCACUGUUCCCCGGAAAACCGUCCGAUGACGUCAUUGAGCUGGACAUCGGAGGUGCUACCAAGAAGCCCUCCGUGGGAUUUCCUGUACCUAAGAUCCCUUCAGAUCCCAGGACGUCCACAGACUCUGGGACAUCUUCAAAGGCAGGAGUCGAGGAGGGGCGACCCAUCAUUAACGGUAAACAAACAGAGAAGGAGCGUCCUGCCACUGUGACCAUUGUAUCCAGAGAAGGAGACCUGGUCCUGGGCUCAGAUGGCAAAACGUACCGGCUCCAGAGAGGACCGCCGGGCCGAAUGGGUCCCCCAGGGCAGGAAGGCUGUCCUGGUGAGCCUGGCCUGCGUGGGUUUAAAGGUGAUAAGGGUAAGUUGGGCCCUGGAGGGCGUUCAGGAAAAACGGGGGAGUCAGGACCUCCUGGACCGGCAGGUUUACCAACCUUCUACCUGUGGAAGAACACAGCGGAGGAAUGGACUGCCUUUCAGCAAACCAGUUUCUACCAGUUACUGCGUGCUGGUUGGCCUAGUAAAGAAGGCCCUGCAGGACCACCUGGAGAGAUGGGCAAUCCCGGCAUAAAGGGACCACCUGGUGAUGCUGGAGAGCGAGGACGACCAGGGAUGCCAGGAGAGAUGGGCGAGUGGGGUCCCAGGGGCCCUCCAGGACAAGCCGGGGCCCCAGGGCGAGACGGGGAAAAUGCAGAGGAUGGUGAGCCCGGGUCAACUGGUGAUCCUGGAUCACAGGGCCCGUGGGGUCACAGGGGAGAACGAGGGUCCCAAGGGGAAAAAGGUGAUGAGGGUGUCAUUGGCUUCAAGGGUCCAAGGGGAGAAAGUGGCGAACCUGGUGAGAAGGGCUCUACUGGUUUACCGGGCCCACCUGGCGCUGUCGGACCACCAGGGCCUCAGGGGAACCGAGGUGGAUACGGGCCAGAGGGGCCCCGUGGGCUUGAUGGGGAGAGUGGACUGGAUGGCCCUCCGGGUCUGCCAGGGCCGAUGGGCGCAGCAGGAAUUACAGGACGAGUUGGCGCUCAAGGAGUUAAUGGCUCAAGGGGGGACAUGGGACCUGCUGGAAAUGUUGGUCCCACAGGCCCACAGGGGCCUCCAGGUUUAGAGGGACAGAUGGGACCUCCAGGACUCAGAGGACUCCAAGGACAUCCAGGACUGAUCGGUGCUGCUGGACCUAAAGGAGAUCCUGGGCCUGUGGGGCCCAUGGGUGGCCGGGGGGAUCCCGGCUUUGAGGGGCCCAUGGGUGCUGCAGGGGGAAAGGGUCCUAUGGGUUUCUCCGGGUUAACGGGCAACAGGGGACCAGAUGGGGACAAGGGGGAUCCAGGACCUAAAGGCGACAAAGGUUUUCAGGGGGCUGCAGGUAUUAGGGGUCCUCAGGGAGAGAGGGGCCCCACCGGCUUCCAAGGUUUCACAGGCAGCAAGGGCCAGCUUGGCCCCGGAGGCACUGAGGGCACAAAUGGAGAAACUGGUCCUCAAGGAAAACCGGGCGGCCGUGGGUUAAAGGGAAACAGGGGACCAGAUGGACGUAACGGCAAACCCGGACCCAGAGGGAACAAGGGCCGGACUGGACCGAGGGGCCAUCCUGGACAACCGGGUCCAUCGGGUUUGCCGGGGCCACCUGGACCAGAGGGAGCAGUAGGAAAGCCUGGUACACAGGGUCCCUCAGGUGCAGCUGGCAGUGUUGGCAGUAAAGGCCUGGCGGGUUUUCAAGGAAUUGCUGGAGAGAGAGGAGAAGAUGGCCCACCUGGUUCCUCGGGGCCACUGGGAAAACCAGGACCUCCAGGAUCACCAGGACCCUUAGGAGACAAUGGUUUCACAGGGAAGCCAGGCAUGGAGGGACCCCAGGGCCCAGUAGGCAUGUAUGGUAUCCAGGGGAGCGUGGGCAUGCGUGGGCCUCCAGGGUUCAUGGGAGAAAGGGGUGAGCAAGGUUUACGAGGUUUACCUGGACCUGCUGGGAAGCAAGGACCUGCAGGUCUGCCAGGUCCUUCUGGAGACAAGGGACCCCGGGGACCUCAGGGUCGGCCUGGAAACGAAGGAUCCAAAGGGAUACAGGGCCCACCAGGCCCUCCAGGUCUCCCAGGUGGUGAUGGGGCAGGUGGAAAACCUGGACCCAGGGGAAGCCAAGGGCCUUCAGGACCUCAGGGGACACAGGGGGCAGCAGGAAUCCCAGGCCCACAGGGUGCUGAUGGGUUAUUAGGAGCAGCAGGGGAAAGAGGACACAAGGGUUUACCUGGCUUGCUUGGUGAUGCUGGCCCCACAGGACAAGAUGGAGAACAGGGUAUCCCUGGCCAAACAGGAAACGAAGGCUCAGCUGGACAGAAAGGAGACCAGGGGGACCAAGGGUCUUCUGGGGAACUUGGUCCUCCAGGGCUCCCAGGAGAGACAGGACUCGAGGGCCUAAAAGGCUUACGGGGUCUACCUGGACCAGCGGGUAUAGAGGGUGAUGUCGGGCAUCCUGGUGAGACUGGAGAUCCUGGACCCAAAGGGGAGAAGGGUGAGGUGGGACCUCUAGGUUUUCCUGGUCGAGAAGGCCCUUGGGGAGACCUCGGAGAAAAUGGUGAAAGGGGCCCAAAGGGGGAGAAGGGCCACAUUGGACUAAUGGGUGAACCGGGGCUGAUGGGUGAAGUGGGACCUAGAGGUCUGGCGGGGUUACAGGGAAUCACAGGCUCUCGGGGACCCCCGGGGCUAGAUGGACCUCAAGGCCAGAAGGGGGAGUCUGGACCUGCAGGAAUUGCUGGACCUCCGGGGUCAGGAGGCCCUCGGGGAAUGACUGGUGCUCGUGGUGUCAGCGGAGACGCAGGGGGGCUGGGACCGCCUGGUCCAGUAGGACAAGUUGGACCUCAGGGAGACCAGGGAGCUAAAGGGGAAUCGGGGCUACAGGGACUGAAGGGAGAACCAGGAGCUCCAGGUCCAACAGGGGAACAGGGCGAGGACGGUCUGCCAGGAAUCCAAGGUCCUCCGGCUCUGCCAGGGUUUGAGGGGCCUCCUGGAGAGAUCGGACCCCAGGGUCCCCCAGGCCGCACAGGGACUCCUGGAGUGAAAGGAAGAGCAGGUACUGAGGGGAAACAUGGCGUGUUAGGGGAGAAGGGAGACGAUGGCCAGAAUGGAUCGUCAGGGAAGACGGGUCAUGUUGGAAGGAGGGGGAAACGGGGGAAGGCCGGAGUCAGAGGGACCCGAGGAGACAGAGGACCUAAGGGCCAAAAGGGAGACCCAGGACUGGUUGGCCACCUUGGAUGGCCAGGGCUCAUCGGAAUCCCAGGCUUACGUGGAGAGCAGGGGGAUGAAGGUGGAAAGGGGAAAGAGGGUGAGAAAGGAGACAUGGGACUGCCUGGACCACCUGGAGGAGAUGGCAUGAAGAGUACUCGUGGUGCUGUUGGGUUGCCUGGUCCACUGGGUCUGAUGGGAGAGCAGGGAAAUGUUGGUCCACCAGGACCGAGGGGUACAACAGGGAUGCCAGGACUGCCUGGUUUGUUUGGAUUAAAGGGUUUGAAAGGCUACCAAGGUUUCCCUGGUCUGUCCGGCAGGAGGGGGCUCCCAGGUCCACCUGGGGUGCCCGGACGUCCAGGACAGUCACUCAACAUGACGUUGACUCAGCUCAAGGACCUGAUGUAUUUGUCCGAUAAGCCCAACUAUCCUCUGAUCCAGACUCUGCUAGAUUCUCUGCAGCAGGAGCUUCGGCUGCUGGCUGAUCCUCCUGAUGGCAGCAAGGAGCAUCCUGCCACCACCUGUCUGGAGCUCUGGCUCUGUCACCCCGAAUACAGCAGCGGGAUGUAUUACAUCGACCCCAACCAGGGCAGCCCAGCGGACACUCUACUGGCCUACUGCAGCUUCUCCUCCACAUCAAAACAGACCUGCCUUCAUCCUCAGGACUCUCAGUUGCCUAUGAAAGCCUGGAUGGAAGAACUUUCGGAAGAAGGAUCCUUCCAGUGGCUCAGCAAGCUGGAGCAGGGGUUUCAGUUUCACUAUCCAGGUGCUAAUGUGGUCCAGAUGCGUUUUCUGAGGUUGCACAGCAGCACCGCCAUCCAGAAUAUGACCUACUCCUGCCACCCGGGACACCGACUGGGAGAAACAGACAGAGACGUCAAGUUCCUCACCGACACAAGGAAGCAGAGUUACCUCGGAGCACUUAAAGACUGUGUGCCUGGAGAGGAGACUGAUACUGGACCUCGGGAGUCCGUGUUUGAGUUUGAGGACCUCCAUCUUCUUCCUCUGAGAGACAUCGCACUAAUGGGAGGCGGAAACUUCACACACCAGUUUGGCUUCACUGUCGGACCCUUGUGUUUCAGCUAGAGGUGCUAGAAAGCUGUGCCGUCCACAGGAAACAAACCUCUGUUCAAAUCAUGGACACCUAGAGGACGACUGGAGCAUCUCUUCCCGUUUCUGAAGAUGUCACUUCCUUUUCCUCUUGUUUUUGGGGGAUUUGAUCUCUCAAGUCGAGUGACUCCGUUAUUCAUGAAUUUGAGAGGACACAAGCAUCCCCAGGCUUUUUUUCACAGAGAAGUCAAUUUUGUUUACAGAGACGUUUAUCUUGUAUUGAAUAAUUUAAAAAUGUAUGUUUUUGUUUUUUUAUCCUUUAUAUACAAUGUUUUUUCUGUUUGAUUUUUUUUUAUGUAUUUUGGGCUUCUGACAUUGCCGGCCCAUUGUGUAUAUGGACGCCAGACUGUCCUAACUGACCUCUUAACAAUGUGUUCUGUAUGGGGACACAGCUACUGUGGUCCCAUUGGCCAUAUGUCUCCAGGCCAGUAAAAUCCUCUACUAAAAGUGACCUCAGAUGUGUCACUUUUCUCAAGGUGCUUUUAUUUGAAAGACUAUUUCUUUAAUCCCACAAACAAUAGAGGACCUAUUAUGCUUUUUCUCCCCCUUUCCUUUAGUGUGUUAUAUAGUUUUUUGUGCAUGUAAAAGGUGAGCAAGGUUACAAAGCCAAAAGUCCACACCAAAGAGGGUUACUCUCCCCAACAGAAACACUGCUCCUGAACUACCUGAAACACCUCGCUUGAAG